AUGCCUUCUCGACCCGAAGAACUUUUCGAGUUGGUCCAUCAAACAGUUUGCAAUACGACGAAGAAUCGCACGCGGGGAAUUUAUGAUGCCGACAAAACGCUCGAGCCGCUGCUCAAAAAAUUAGAUCAUAUGUUCGAGAACCACCCAUCAAUAUAUCAACAAACGCAGACUGGAAGAGCAAUUAUUCUAGCAACCAAGCUUCUAUUGAAUAAGAAUACGAAACGCUAUGAGAAGUGCUCAAUCGCAAAAUUCAUAAUCGGCGGUCUCAAAAUAGUACGAGGGCCGGAACAGAUGGAAAAUAUACCCGUCACUUACUUCUACCCGCAAUUUAUGCAUUUUUCCACAACUGAUUUCGAGGGCAGUCCCUCAAUGUUCCUUUAUUUAGAAGCGCUUGAGCUCACUGUUAAUAUAAUUUCACAAUCUGAGAGAUUUAUGAAAGAUUUCUAUGCGCCUACAAAUUUGCCGUUAAUAAGCAAGACGUUGGUGGAUCUUUCGACAAUUUACGCAAAUCGUAAUAAAGCUGUUGAUUUGAGAAAGAAAACGCUUGUGGUUACUUUAAAUCUUGUUCGAACCUGUCCAAGUCAACAGGUUGACGUCAUCUGCACUGUGCUUCCAGGAAUAUUGUCAAAAGUUUUCACUUUAAUCAUGAAGGACUCGCUCGAGAAUGUGGAGAUUCUCAAAAUCUGUUUGGAAAUUUUCAAUGACCUGGUGCUCAAAUGCAUUUCGGACGUCUCAUUCCAGCCAGGUGCGACGCCUCCAGUCCGACAACAGCAGCAGCUUCCCGAGAGAAUCCGCGAGAUGCUCGUUGAUCGCGGAAGUGGUCAAUGGAAGAAGCACACCGCCGAGCAUAUCAAGCUACUCACAGGCAACAUUUGCGCGAGAAUGGCGGUUCAUCCGCAACCCGACAUUCGCUUCUACCUUCUGACAAUGCUCAAAAACUUCCAUGUGCAGUGCAGCGGUGUGCUCAAAGAUUCGCUAAGCUCGACGAUCUUCGACAUCUGUCUGCACCUGAAUCGCGACAAAAUCGAAAGAAUCUCCAAUCUCACCAAUGAGCUCAUUAUGAGUGUGAAUGAGCCGUUUCGCGAGAAGCAGCUUCAACGCAAAAUGGACGAGCUCAUUUGCGAGGUGCCGGCGAACACGAGAAAACGCGGCACCGAUAUUUCGAUGAGCAUGCUCUGCUCGGUGCUCGCAUUGACAAAAAACACACUACGCGUUCUUUGCGCGUCGCGCGCGCCGCUCAUUCAACGCCUCGCGAGGAGUCUCAUCGACACUGUGAAAGUCGACUUGAGGCGCGUGAUGAUCACCAGAGAGCCGAAUUGCAAUCUCGCCGAGUAUCUCGGCAAAUUUCCGCUGCUCUUCAAUCUCAACCACAAAGACAUUCGCGACAUUUGCAAAUAUCUUGUGAACAGCGCCGGACUCGAGAUCCUCGACAUCUUCUACACCGAGAUGACGGUGGCGCCGCCUAGUCAGAAGUGCUCAGCGGCGCUGAUCAUUGCCUACCUGCUCAAUGAGUAUGACGGUCGGCCGCCCGUCGAUGACACCCCGAUUCUCAUCAUCACCGAAUAUUUCAUUGAAUGCAUUCAGGAGAUUUACGAUCAUCAAAUCAAAAAUGAUAGCGUCAUUGGAGCUGGUUUUUGCCGAUUGCCCGACGCUCACACGUGCCUGGAAAGCCUAUUGUGCGUCAAUCUGCCGACGCUUCUUCGAUUUUUGAGCAAUGAGGCGCAAAAAUCGAAAUUUGUCAUUGAUGUGCUCUAUGUGCUUCUCCUUGAAUGCACCUCGAUUCAGUGGACGGUCAUGGACGCCGCGGAAUUAGGACUGAACAUCAUGGCCAAGAGCAUUGGCAAACGCGAGUCGGACGCUCUUGAGCAUUAUGGCGGCUAUAUUGUGCACAAGGUGUCGCUGGCGUGCUCGUCGCGCACCAAUCAUCACUUCGCCGCGCCCGUCUUUCAGACAUUUCUGAAUCGUUGCGUCAGCUCGACGUUCUUCGAGCCGUCGGUUCAUAUCGUCGAGAAGCUUCUCAAGGCGCUCGAUUCGUACGGACAAGAGCACACGUUGGCGAUCCUUCAAAGCUUCCACGCGUUCAUGACGGCGUUGAAUCGAUGGUUUCCGAAUUUGAAGCCGAUCACCGUGAAGGGCGAGGAUGGUGAGCAGCAAGAGACGCCGACGCCUCAGAUGAUCAUUGCUGAGAAGAUUCUGAGCCGCACGAAGCAUUUGCUCAAUUCGCCGAAGCUUCCGAUUCGUGUGGUUUGCGUCGAUAUCAUGGAAGAAGGACUUGUCACAAUCAGCAACUAUGAGAAUAUGCUGCUGCCGAUGGUCCAUCAGAAUUGGCAAGGUCUCAUGACGAUUGUGAAAUCGCGUGAGCCGAUCGCGACCGCCUCGUGUGUCCGCGUGGUGCAGGCAAUGGCGAAAUACGCCAAAGGGUUCAUUUGUCAACGGGUGUUCAACGAAUUGUGGCCGAUACUCAAAGAAAUGGCGACGGAGGAGAUGGACAAGGGCAUGAUGGCGUACGAGGAAACCGCCGAAUUCCUAUUGGUCACCGAGAUUUUGCGAAGAUUCCCGAAAAUCGGCAAAUUGUGCGAAAUGCGACGAUCCGAGUUUGAGGCGUUGUUCAUGCCGGUUUUGGAGGCCGCCGAGCAAAAAUUGCGAUGUCGAAAAAUAUUAAAAGCAUGCACUUCGUCUCGCAACUUCAUUCAGAAAGAUUACGAUGAAUAA